CAGUGAUGGCCUUCUCCUUCUUUUUUAAACAAACCAGAAUUUCUACAUCAGAGCAAAUGUUGUAUGUUUUGCAGAAGUCCCCUGGGAGUUCGCGCACUUGACUCAAAGACGCUGCUCUCACUCAAAUCAUGUUUCAAACUCUCUUCUGGAUUUGCCCUCAGAGCAUGAGGCACAUUCUUUUAAAACUUCUUCAGUGCUAGCAAAUAUUUGCCUUUUGGGUAGAUCUGAUUUUGAGAGACAGCCCUUGGGAGCUACAUCCAGCAAAUAAGUUGAAGACCAGGCUUUGGAGGUUUUCAAAGUAGAUCAAAAUCUCCCUCAGGUGGAUGGAGAGAAGAAAUAUUCUGCAAAUUGCUGUCAGAGGUCCUGAGGACACAAACCCGUCUGGUUUUCAUUCCCUGUGUUGAACGACAUUUGCUUCAGCCAUUCAGGGAUUCUGAACUUUUAACUAGGAAUCCAGGCAGAGAACAUGCUGAGUUCCAUUAAAUGUGUGUUGGUGGGAGACUCUGCUGUGGGGAAAACCUCCCUGUUGGUGCGCUUCACCUCGGAGACCUUCCCAGAAGCCUACAAGCCCACGGUGUAUGAGAACACAGGUGUGGACGUCUUCAUGGAUGGCAUCCAGAUCAGCCUGGGUCUCUGGGACACAGCUGGCAAUGACGCCUUCAAAAGCAUCCGUCCACUGUCCUACCAGCAGGCUGAUGUGGUACUAAUGUGCUACUCUGUGGCCAACCAUAACUCUUUCCUGAACCUGAAGAACAAGUGGAUUGGUGAAAUCAGGAGCAACUUGCCCUGUACCCCUGUGCUAGUGGUGGCCACCCAGACUGACCAGAGGGAGAUGGGGCCCCACAGGGCCUCCUGCAUCAGUGCCAUAGAAGGGAAGAGACUGGCCCAGGAUGUGAGAGCAAAGGGCUAUCUGGAGUGCUCAGCCCUUAGCAACCGGGGGGUACAGCAGGUUUUUGAGUGCGCCGUCCGAACUGCCGUCAAUCAAGCUAGGAGACGCAACAGAAGGAAGCUCUUCUCCAUUAAUGAGUGCAAGAUCUUCUAACCUCCAAGAGAUUUCACUCAAUUCUCAUUUACUCACCCCAAAGACUAAUGGGGACAGGGAGAGCAGGCAAACUAGCAACAGUUGAUGCUCUUUCCGGGUAUAUCCUGAGCCAUGUUUCCUUUUGGAUACAGUUUGUUGAUGGGACUUGGUCACUGGAUGUUUUAUUAAGUACACUUUGCAAAUGAACUCUUCGCCCAGUCCAACUGGAAGGUCCCUUGGGAAGCCGUAAUGAAUAUUCCAUCUCCAAUUAAAAAAUUUAAAUGGUCUUCAUAAUUUUGGACAAUGAAGUGAGUUUUCCAAAAAUUUCCAUAUUUAAAGACACAUUUUAUUUAAAUGAUAACAAAAUACAGAGUUCUUGUAUAUAAUUAGUUUUCACACUUGGGAAGUCUUUUCCUGCAUACUCACAAACACAAACUCUAUAUGUUUAAAACAACCUUAUAGGGCUCCGCCAUGUCUGUAGUAUUAUUUUCACCUGAAGAAGUAAUUUUGUUGAAGCCACUUGCCUGUUAGAUUUUACAAGGUAAUUGAAUUUUAAAAAACUAUCAACUGAUCCUUGCAAUUAAUUUUCCACCCAGCUGUUAUUCAGUGUGUAUAUAAAAUACAGUUCAAUAGCAUCUGAUACUUUAAUACUGCCUAAUGAUUUUUAAACAGUUAACACUCUAUUUCUCUGUAAUUGAAAAAGAAAGCAUUUUUUACUUAUGAUGCUAACUUUUACCCAAAGAACCCAAAUUAUUCACUAAAGCAUUCCUCUUUCAUUCACUUUUCAUUUACUUCAAGAAAAAUUGAAGUAAAACCUUAUGGGUAGAGAAUCAGAUUGCUCCAAGUAAUAGCAGCAGAGCUUGAAAUAGAAGUGAAAAAAUCUCAUUUUCAUUUUAGGAACAGCUGCACAUUGCCUGCAUCUUCCAGUACUGGCUUCUAUCUGGUUGUAGGUCUUGGUAAAGAACAGGCUCAAUGUUCUGUAUGGUGGUAAUUUGGAGUAUUUGUUAUUUGAGCUCUAAACUAAGCUGGCAUGGCAACAUAAUAUGUUAAUUUUAGGAUAUAAUCAGAAUACUAGGAAGGUGUCCACAUAUACAUAUGUGUGUGUAUAAGAGAAAAAAGGUAGAAUGUAUACCUUUUACUAUUUCAUGAAUAUGAAGCACCUGAGUAAAAAAUAUCACAAAUUCUAAGCACAAGGAACAGAAAAACUAUAUAGCAAUUAUUCAGAUAAUAAAUAGUUAUCAAGGGAAAUAUUGAAUAAAUAGAGACCCUCUCCCAAACUUCAUUCUAAUAGCUUAAAAAUAAUGGUUUUGGUGAUCUGUUAAAAUUGAGAACAGAAGACUAUGUAACUUGAAGAAGAAAUUGAGAAGGAUGGCAUCCAGGUAUAUCAUUUACUCAGCUAAUCCAAUAAAACUUAGAACCACUCUGAACCACAUUUAUUAAAGUACAUCAUUGUUAUGGUGUAACAUGGCCAUUACACACAAAUAGUAAGGCAGUUGGCAUAAAUGAGUAUGAUUAGACUUAUAUUGACAUAUCCAAACCAAUUUUCUGGUUUUUCUUAUGUAGUCAAGUCUUCGUAGCUAUAAUCAAAUUUACGCUCAUCUCCACACUGCUUUCUCUUUCUCCUUCUCUCAUCUACAUCCAGUAAAAGGCCCGGGAUCUGGAUCUUAGUCUCUGCGGCAAAGUUUCCCACUAAAAUUAGUGGUUCCCAAGGUUUUUUUCUUGUUGAAGGAAGAUGAGGGGUAAGGUGUGAUUGAAAAUGGGAAGGCCAGGUCCCCGAUUCUAAGUGAGGGAAGAGAAGGUGAUCCCAUGCGUCUUGGUGUCCCCAAGGCCCACCACAGGAAAAGAGCAGUAACUACACGAACUUGUGCUGAAUUGAAUUGGAGAGAGAAAGAAAGGAAUUGAACUGCUGUGCCAUGAAAUAGGUAGAGGAAGGAAGCAGAUCCUCACCAGCCUUGCAGGGAAAAGACGUGAAAAUAGGUCAUUUUGCUGGAAUCCAUAUAAUGUAUGAUUUACAUGAGUGUAUAUUUAUUUUUGCCUGCCUAGACUCAGGCACAUGUUUCUUACACUUCAAAACUUGCAGUACCUUUUUGUAGACUAUUGUAUGUUGAUUCUUAACUAUUUCAAGGAGCAACAUUAAAUAUGUUCUUGUUUACAUUAAAGAGUUGAUUUGAA